ACGCGCACGUUUGUUUUCAUAUACACGCGCCCAUCGCUACAGUACGAGCCACGCUCGUGCAAAGUUCAAGCGUUCUCAUUACCUUGCCGUUCGCUCGAAAUCGGAUUCCACCUCGCCGGGUGAGGCAUUUAAUGGAAUGACACGUCUCUGAGGCUCUGGUCAAAGCAUAAACAUCACAAGGAGCGCUCGUCGCAAUCGUUCUGGAGGCGCGAGGCUGACCUCGUAGGCACCAUGCCUCGAUCUCACAAAAUGGGUCCCUCCAGACGGCUACUGCUAGCUACUGUUCUAGGUCUUCUCCCUUUGGAAGCGAUGGGUGUCCAACAGUACUGCUCGCCUGCCAACACAGGCUCAAACUUUCUAGCAGGAACCUUCAUCUACAACUCCAAUGGACGGUGUUCUGAUGCUUGUCGAUCAAAUUACGCUUUCGCAAUUGUCCAAUAUCAGAACUGCUGGUGUUCUAAUCUGGCUCCUGGCAGGACCGAGGACGUCGGCGACUGUAAUCAGAAUUGCCCAGGCUUUCCGUCAGAGAAAUGUGGCAAUGAACAGGAAGGUUUGUUUGGAUAUAUCGCCCUGGACAAGGCACCAUCAGGGACACAAGGAGGAGCAGUCCCAACCACAAGACCUACCACCCAAAAUUCUCCGCCGACAACCUCCUCAGUCCCAACGACAACAACACCUCCACCUCAACCAACCACAAGCAUUCUUACGACCGUGGUAUCCGGCAUCAUCGUCACCAAAACCGUCACGGUCACGCCCACAGGCAUCAGCAGUGAUAGAAGUAGCGAGGGCAUCACGGCCGGCCCGGUUGGACUCACUGGCGGCGCCAUUGCUGGCAUUGUAAUCGGAGUUCUGGCCGGACUUGCGUUGCUCAUCUUGCUCGCUUUCUUCUGUUGGCGACGGCGCCGUCAGUCGGGUGACGACGGUGCUGCUGCCGCCGCCACUGCCUCACCUAGUUCCAAAUCUCGCCUGGGUCGAAAUGUCAGCGUCCUCAGCAAGGCGGGCCUGAUCAAUCGCGGCGCCCGACCAAGCAUGAGCGAGAUCAACUCUGAUGACCAUCACAUCGGCAGCGGCCCUAGCGGCAUCUUCGUCACGCCCGCCAAUGGUACCCACAGCGUACGGCAUAGCAUGCUCUUCGCCGGCGGGGCCCAUGGCGAAGGAGGCGUGCAACCCGAGAGCCCACUCGACAGCAGCGACGGCCGCUCUGGCCAUGGUCACACCGCCAGCAGUGCGGCGGGCGGCAUAGCGACGUCAUCGUCGUCGCGCAGGAACAGCCGACCCCUCGUAUACGACCAGCGUCUCAAUCCAUCUGCGCUCUUCGCCAACCACGACAACGGCAGUCGCAUUUCGAUGCAAGACCAGCAGGACUACAGCCGACCAUUGGGCGUAAUGAACCCCGACCCGCGAGCGAGCUUCGAUUCGCGGCGGAGUCGGAUCGAAUGAUUGCAUUACUUUUCUUUUAACAGCGGGAUUCAGAGUCUGAGACAUCCUCAGAAGGCGUUGACCAUUUCGAACAUUUCAGGCUGCAUCGGCGGCGAGGUGGCUGAGUUUUUCUCUCAGCAUGCGUUCAGCCAUGUACACGACGACGUUAUCAUCCCCGUCUCCACCAAUCGCGGGAUGGCGGCUUAUUUUUCUCUCUUUGCUUCUCUUCUUGAUCGGGAAUUUCUCUG